CAGGCACCCGCGAACCUCUUGAGCUUCGUCAGAGGCAGGUAUAAAUAUCUGUCAGUCAAAGUUGUGAGAGCUUUGCUUUGAUCUCUCUCUUCCGCUUACUCUGCCCAGCUAACACUGUCCGUACAAGUUUACAACGGAACGACAAUAGUGUGAGAGCUUUGCUUGAUCUCUCUCUUCUACUUCCAUUGAUCGCUCUGAGUACACUGAUAUCAACAUAAUGAGAAGAUCUGGAGCUGAUGACAAGAUUCUCAGCUACAAUGAUGUUGUACUUAGACGAUCUGAUUUGGACAUUCUGAGUGGCCCAUAUUUUCUCAAUGACCGAAUUAUCGAAUUCUAUCUCAGUUAUCUUUCUUCAAGCUAUCCUGCUAAUGACAUCCUACUUGUUCCGCCUUCAAUUGCUUUCUGGAUAAUGAAUUGCCCAGCUGUGGAGUCUCUUGAAGAUUUUCUUGAACCUCUUCAUUUGCCUGACAAGAAGCUGGUAAUAUUUCCUGUAAAUGACAAUGAUGAUGUGAGCAAGGCCGAAGCUGGGUCUCAUUGGAGCUUACUUGCAUUUGAGAGAAAUGCUAACACAUUUGUUCAUCAUGAUAGCAAUAGAGGGAUAAAUAAAUGGCAUGCUAAACGACUAUAUAAUGCUGUUGUUGGAUUUAUGAGUGUUUGCAAUUCAGCAUCAGAUGCUAGUUAUCUUGAAUGCACUGAUUCACCACAGCAAGUGAACGGUUAUGAUUGUGGCUUAUAUGUUACAUCCAUUGCAAGAGCUAUAUGCAGCUGGCAUGGAAGUGGUGAAGCCAAAGACAAAGAUGAGUUGUGGUUUUCUGCUGUGAAGGAGGAAGUCACUCCAUCAACUGUUGCUGGGAUGCGAGGUGAGAUCCUGAGCCUUAUCAGAGGUUUAAUGGCCACGAAGUGAAGUCUGCCUGCUGCAAAAUGAAGGUAUGAAAGAAAGGAGAUAUUUGGGAAAGUUCUUCACCGCAGUAAGUUGUUCUUUACUCUGAAACUCGAAAACAAUCUUAAAAACUACAAAUAUUUGAAUGCGGCUUUAGAUUUGUUCGUUUUUACUUCUGUGGGAGGGGUUUUGGGGGUGUAGGAUACCCAUGUAGACUCUCGUUGGUAUAGCCGAUUGCCACUACAUCAUAUGCAUAGACUGUAAAAUUGUUGUGUGUUUAAUGAACACAUGAUGAAACACAAGUUCCCUUUACCUGCCCUAAAAUGUUUAGGCUAAUACAUGAAGUUUGAUGUAAAUAACUUUCUGACUUCUGUUUGUAGUUUUGAAAUAUAGUUGGUAAAUGGAAAUGGAUAGAAUGGAUGUGAUGUUGAAUGUA